AUGAAAGCCGUCGUCUUCGACGGCCCCCGAAAAGUAUCCAUUCAAGACCGCCCUGUACCCCGAGUCAGGGAUGACCGCGAUAUCAUCAUCAAGGUGCAGGCCACCGCUCUCUGCGGCUCCGAGCUCCACGUUUACCGUGGGCACCAGCCAUCUGGCACUGGAUUCAUCAUGGGCCAUGAGUUCACCGGUGUCGUGGUGGAAGCCGGUUCACAGGUCAAGACCCUCAAAGUUGGCGACAAGGUGGUAUCUCCUUUUACAGCUUGCUGCGGUGAAUGCUUUUACUGCCAAAACGAAGCCACUUCUCGUUGUGUUCACAGCAAACUGUUUGGAUCUGCCGUUCUCGAUGGUGGCCAGGCCGAGUAUGCACGCAUCCCCAUGGCGGAUAGCACCGCUAUCCUGGCGCCCAAGUCCAUCUCCGACAAGGCCUUGGUCUUGAUGGCUGACAUCUUUCCUACCGGAUACUACGGAGUAAAGAGCGCCGUAGAGCUGAGACCAAAGGUAGACAUCUCGCAGUCGACCUUUGUCGUAAUUGGUUGUGGUCCAGUCGGAAUUUGCGCCGUUAUCUGCGCUCUUCAUCUCAACCCCAAACACGUGUUCGCGGUCGACAAUGUCGACAGUCGUCUGAAGAUGGCCAAGACCCUUGGCGCUGUGCCGCUCAACUUCAAGGAUGGCAUUGACAAGAUGCAGGAGCAAGUUCGAAACGCCACCGGCGGCCGAGGUGCAGAUUUUGUCGUCGAGGUGGUUGGCUUAUCCCCCGCGCUCAAGACUGCAUAUGACCUGGUGCGCCCUUUCGGUGCCAUGAGUAGCAUUGGUAUUCACAACGCCGAGAUCCCUUGGAGUGGUGCGGAUGGCUAUGCCAAGAAUGUUCGAUUCCAAAUGGGGCGGUGCCCAGUCCGUUCCAUCUUCCCUGAGGCGCUUGCUCUACUCGAACAGAAGCAGAAGGACGUCGAGUUCAUGUUUGACAACAUUAUGCCACUGUCCGAUGCAGUCGGCGGAUACGACAUGUUUGACAAAAUGAAGGUUCACAAGAUCGUUUUUGUCCCAUAG